AUGUCCAGCAACCGGCACCUCCUCUUUGUGGCGCCCUUUUCUGAAUCAUGUUUUGAUAGCAAGGAAAUUCUUGCCCCUGCAACAUGCAUAGUCGUAUCCGUAACAGCUUCUACCACGCAAGGUAAAUCGUUAGAACCAGAAGAACUGAAUGCUGUGCGGGAGGCGUGCGAUCUCGCUGAGAAACUGCAUACGGACAGGAUUUCCAUGUAUCGGCUCAUCGAAGUGCGAAUGUCCUUAAUUGCUCCAAACCUCGUUCACUUGUUAGGAGCAGCUACCACUGCGCUGCUGGUAUCACAAGCCGGUGGAUUGGCCCCUCUUUCAAGAAUGCCCGCGUGUAACAUCCAAGUGCUUGGCCGUCAAAAGCGAUCAUUGGCUGGAUUUUCGUCUACCACAGCUCUGCCGCAUGCUGGAUUCGUUUAUUUCCAUCCGCUUGUACAGUCUAUGCCGCCAGAUUUAAAAUCGUAA